GUGAAGUCGGGAAAGAGGGAAGAACGCCUCUCCGCAAUGCGCAUGACAGAAAAGCGGCUUCUUCUACCGCCUAGGGUGCCCCAAUAUUGUGGGGGAAGGAACAGAGCAAAAGGAGGCGUGGUGUAAAAAGUGGGGCGGUGCUUUGAGGAAGAACGGCUUAAAAGACGCUCCCAGGAUUUUGGCGCCAAAUAGUUAGCGUUUACAAGCAAAUUGUUUCAUCGGUGACUCAGGACCUCAAUUGACACAGAACUGGUUUCAAGUACAGGAAAAAGAUGUGGACCCACCAUCAAUUACCAGUGGAACUCCAGGAACUGGUUAAGAAGUCAGAGUACCCCAAGUGAGCACAAAGCUGAGAACAGCUGCAUUGAAAUGAAGGGACUAACACUAGAAUCACCGCCUCACCAUGCCCCUCGUUGGAGGAAACAGAAAGGCACACGAUGCUGUAAGCUAUGGCAGAUGCCCAGGGCACGUGGGGUUGAAUAAUGCUGUUUGGAGUCAAACACUGAGACUCCGCAGUCACACAGUGAUUCAUUUACAGAGCUUUACUAAACUACGGGCACUCAGAAAUAGACAAACUGUUCUUGCCUCAACCGAACCAAAGGCCCAGCGGGCCUCGAAAAAGCUCAGCCAGGUGCUUUGGGAGGCCGCGAGGAGGAAGAAGGAUCCGUGGAAGGAAGCACGUUCACACCACGGCACUGAGGCCUCUGGGCCGAGCUAUAAUUUAAAGCAUGAAACGAAGGGGUCAUAGAUUCUGACUAAUGCUGACAAUUUCCAUCUGUUACCCAGUUGAAUCUCACGUCGACACUAGGAAAUCGACUUUAUACAUGCUCUUUAGGAAACGAGGGACGCAGGAUGAAAGAAGCCAAGAGUGUCGCCAGGGCUUGCGCCAGCGCCGUCAGACUCCCGGGAUGGGGGAGCUCCAGGGCCGGGCGUCAGCGUAUUCACGAAGGAGAAAAGCCCCAUUGCCGUGCAGAAGCCUAGGCCCGGGUGAGGCGCCUGCGAAGGCUGCCAGCAGCGGAAGAGAAGGGGCGUCCUCCGUACUGCGCAGCACUCGCCCGCGGUAGGUGGGCGCUGAGCUCAGAGCUGGGAGCCAAACGCAAACGCUGGCGAGAAGCCCCAGCCCCCUCCGCCAGCCCACUCGCUGCGGGGAGGGGUUUCUCACGCCCCCAGCUCCUGGGAGACUGCACCGGAGGUCGGAAGGAAGCGGGGCGAGGAUGAAUCAUCCCGCCUAACUCCUCCUUCCCGGUCCCCUAGCCUCCGCACGCCGGCCCUCUUCAGAGAUCAUGCAGCCGCGAGCGAAGACUGCCCUAUCCUCAGACUCUGCCGAACCCCCUGUGGCCUGCGGAGACGAGGAGACGGAUGGGUCUGGUGGCCAAUGAGAGCUUCGAUCUCUUGCCCCCCGCCCAAUGGGCCGCUGCUCAUGGGCCGGGGCGGGACUAGGAGGGCAGGUAGGGGCGGUCCGGGCUGGCGCGCGGCGCGGCGGCUACGCGGCUGCGGCUCACAGAGCUAGUGCCUCUCCGGGUGUCCGCGCCAGUGCUGCGCGGGAAGGCACCACCACCACAGCCGCCGCCGCUGGCCAGGGUGCUGGACAAGACGGGCCCGUCGGCCACCUCGCCAGCUCAGGCACCCGCUGCAGCCGUCGCUGCCUCCUCCCAGACCGGUCCCCAUGGAGGAGAUGGAAGAGGAGUUGAAAUGCCCCGUGUGCGGCUCCUUCUAUCGGGAGCCCAUCAUCCUGCCCUGCUCUCACAAUUUGUGUCAGGCGUGCGCCCGCAACAUCCUGGUGCAGACCCCAGAGUCUGAAUCCCCCCAGAGCCACCGGGCCUCGGGCUCCGGGGUCUCCGACUAUGACUAUCUGGACCUGGACAAGAUGAGCCUAUACAGCGAGGCGGACAGCGGCUAUGGCUCCUACGGGGGGUUCGCCAGCGCCCCCACUACCCCGUGCCAGAAGUCCCCCAACGGCGUCCGCGUGUUUCCCCCGGCUAUGCCGCCACCGGCCACCCACCUGUCACCGGCCCUGGCCCCGGUGCCCCGCAAUUCCUGUAUCACCUGCCCCCAGUGUCACCGCAGCCUCAUCCUGGAUGACCGGGGGCUCCGCGGCUUCCCCAAGAAUCGCGUACUGGAAGGGGUAAUUGACCGCUACCAGCAGAGCAAAGCCGCGGCCCUCAAGUGCCAGCUCUGCGAGAAGGCGCCCAAGGAAGCCACCGUCAUGUGCGAACAGUGCGAUGUCUUCUACUGCGAUCCGUGCCGCCUGCGCUGCCACCCGCCCCGGGGGCCCCUAGCCAAGCACCGCCUGGUGCCCCCGGCCCAGGGUCGUGUGAGCCGGAGGCUGAGCCCACGCAAGGUCUCCACCUGCACAGACCACGAGCUGGAGAACCACAGCAUGUACUGCGUGCAAUGCAAGAUGCCCGUGUGCUACCAGUGCUUGGAGGAGGGCAAACACUCCAGCCACGAAGUCAAGGCUCUGGGGGCCAUGUGGAAACUACAUAAGAGCCAGCUCUCCCAGGCGCUGAACGGACUGUCAGACAGGGCCAAAGAAGCCAAGGAGUUUCUGGUACAGCUCCGCAACAUGGUCCAGCAGAUCCAGGAGAACAGUGUGGAGUUUGAAGCCUGUCUGGUGGCCCAAUGUGAUGCCCUCAUCGAUGCCCUCAACAGAAGAAAAGCCCAGCUCCUGGCCCGCGUCAACAAGGAGCAUGAGCACAAGCUGAAGGUGGUUCGAGAUCAGAUCUCUCACUGCACAGUGAAAUUGCGCCAGACCACAGGUCUCAUGGAGUACUGCUUGGAGGUGAUUAAGGAAAAUGAUCCUAGUGGCUUUUUGCAGAUUUCUGACGCCCUCAUAAGAAGAGUGCACCUGACUGAGGAUCAGUGGGGUAAAGGCACACUCACUCCAAGGAUGACCACGGACUUUGACUUGAGUCUGGACAACAGCCCUCUGCUGCAAUCCAUCCACCAGCUUGAUUUCGUGCAAGUGAAAGCUUCCUCUCCAGUCCCAGCAACCCCUAUCCUACAGCUGGAGGAAUGUUGUACCCACAACAACAGCGCUACGUUGUCCUGGAAACAGCCACCUCUGUCCACGGUGCCCGCCGAUGGAUACAUUCUGGAGCUGGAUGAUGGCAACGGUGGUCAAUUCCGGGAGGUGUAUGUGGGGAAGGAGACAAUGUGCACUGUGGAUGGUCUUCACUUCAACAGCACAUACAACGCUCGGGUCAAGGCCUUCAACAAAACAGGAGUCAGCCCGUACAGCAAGACCCUGGUCCUCCAAACGUCUGAGGACACAGAUUCAGAAGAACAGACCCUCCCUUUUCCAGUGCCUUCGGAAAGAUUGCCGCUCCGUAGAAUGAGUCCUUUCUCCUCCACCCUUAAUCUACAACCCAGCUUCCCCGGGAGAUCCUACUUUGAUUUCCGAUCCUCACCCCACCAGCUGAGCUUGCAUUCCUCUUUACAGUCUCUCAAUGCACCGGGAUGCAAUUUUGAGACACAAUCUGCACCUUACUCUCAAUUAGUUGACAUUAAAAAGCUGUUGGCAGUGGCCUGGUUUGCUUUCGACCCUGGCUCGGCGCACUCGGACAUCAUCCUCUCCAAUGACAACCUGACAGUGACCUGUAGUAGCUAUGAUGACCGGGUGGUGCUAGGGAAGACUGGCUUCUCCAAGGGCGUCCACUACUGGGAGCUCACGGUAGAUCGCUAUGACAACCACCCUGAUCCUGCCUUUGGCGUGGCUCGCAUGGACGUGAUGAAGGAUGUGAUGUUAGGAAAAGACGACAAAGCUUGGGCAAUGUAUGUGGACAAUAACCGGAGCUGGUUCAUGCACAACAACUCGCACACCAACAGAACUGAGGGAGGGAUCACAAAAGGGGCCACAAUUGGGGUCCUCCUCGACUUAAAUAGAAAAAACUUGACAUUUUUUAUCAACGAUGAACAACAAGGUCCCAUAGCAUUUGAUAACGUGGAGGGCCUGUUCUUCCCUGCGGUCAGCCUGAACAGGAACGUGCAGGUCACGCUGCACACCGGGCUCCCAGUCCCUGACUUCUACUCCAGCAGAGCAUCAAUAGCCUAAGGAUGUGCCGUGGAGGCGCCAGCUGCCUGUUCUUACCUCCGCCUGCGAGAGCCACAGCAAGGAGCUCAGCCAGCCAUGGUGGGGUGCAGAGUUGGCAGGAGUGGGAGAAGGAGGAGAGAAAAGCUGGUCCUCUGCAGUCUUCACACCCACAGCUCUGCCCUUUUCCCUUUCAACCUCUCCUCUGCUGUCAUGCCUGCUUCCGCUUCCAUCUCCAACAAUUCUAACCAACAAAGGACCUAGACAGCCCACCAAGUCACUUGGUUCCCACUCCCAGAUUUUGCUUUUAUUUAACUUAAUUUUUUAUGUAGGUGAGUUAUAUUUUCUUUCUUUUCUGAUCAGGUUAUUGGUGACUUACUGGACUGGCACUGCCAGGAGAAAAUUCUCUUGCUAACAUUUUUUCUUAAGCUUUCUGUCAAACAAUAAGGUUAUAGGGGGAGGUAGGGAAGAAUGAGCUGAAUUUGUAGCAUACAGCUUACCUCCUAGAAUGUUCUUGCCCUCUUACCUCUCCUGUAGCGUUAGCUCUGCAGAGCUAAGCUUUGGGAGAAUGAAUCUAUCACUGAGAAGUUUUACUACUCAUUGAAGCACAAAAAUAUCCGCUACACAGGUUCACAUCAGGGUAGGAUCGUUAGGAUGGCUCUAUAAUUAGGAUAGGCCAGAACCCUGGCCACUGUAUAAAAUUGGAAAGUCUCUAAGACACAGGCAAACCAGGGGACUUAAUGAUUUGGUUUGUUUACUUAGUAAAAGCUUUUAAUUGAGAACCUACUAUUGACCAGGCACUGUUCAAGACACUAGAACAUUAUGUUCUAGACACUGUGGGGACACAGUGGUGAACAGACAGGCAUAGUCUCUGCCCUUCGGAGCUUAUAUUCCAGUAGGAGAAAAAGCAAAAAUAAAAUAAUUAUAAAUGGUCAUAUGCACUAGAAAGGAAAUGGGCAAGGGUCAAAGAGACUCAUGGGCAAGAUCUUUCAGGCUUCCUAGAAUGAUGCUAAAAAUCCACACAUUCUGGCCAUAGCACCAGAAAUGUACCAACUCAAUGCCUUUUCAGCUGCGCUAUUUAAUUAUGGUACCUGCUGCCACUCAUCACAGAGCCCUUCUUGGUAGAAAUGAUGUCAGCAUUCUUAUUUGCUGAUGCUGCUAUGAUACCACGCCUUAAAAAUUGACAGUUGAAAAAAAAAGAGUGACCAGAGGGCAAAGGACCCAUUCUCAGUAAUGGGAGAUCUUGAGUUGCAGCCCACAGCAUUCACAUUCUCAGGAUAAACAUGCUUGUCUCCAUAUAUACUAUCUGUGCCUGUUAUGAAUGAAAAAUCCAUCCACUCUGCUGCCAUUCACAGCCUAAUUUUCUGGAGUAGUCCAAACAAUGUUUGGAAAAACAUGGGAUUGUAUGUCAUUACUAUGACUGAUAGCAGAAUAAUAAUGCAUCUUACUUCUAUAUAGAGAUAGACUUACAUAGGUUACCCUUGAAAUUCAUUAGUUUGUCAUAAAGUUUUAGGAAAGGUAGGACCCGGAAAGAAGUUCUAAUUAGUUGUCUAAAUAUUUUUCAGUGAGCCAAGAAAUUCACCAUGAAAAAACAAGAUUAACAAAUAGAAGGGAAGAGAUAGGAUGGGAAAGCUAACAAAUUAAAGUUUUGGCAAAAAGGAAUAUAUGUAAAUAGCUAAUUAUUUACUUUUGUGCUUACUUUAUUUAGAUUAUUUCUAUCAGUUACAAUCUUUUUCUAGUUAAGUGUACCUAAUUUAUGGAAUGGGUGCUAUCCUGUUUAUGUGUGUCUUGGUUUUUCUUGGCUACAGAAAAACUGUUGCAGGGCAACACUAGUUUGAUAUUUGAUUUACUCUCCAAUGAGACUCAAUGGCUGGGCCGUGGUAGACUCAUAGUUCCUCUUGUUCUUUAUUAAAUUCAUCCUGCUAAUUAGAUUUCUAGUGACUUGUAACGUAGUUUACACUGAAUUGCAAUUACAGAUGCAUACAACUACUAUACUAGAAAAAAUUGUCAUUUCUGGUGUGCCAAUAAAUGAUUUUUAUGAGAGAAUAAAA